CUCCGUAGCCGUUCGGCCGCUGCGCCGUCCCGGCUUCCCUUUCGGCGUUCCCACGCCUACUCGGCCGGGUUCUUUCCUGGCGAACGGCAGCGCCCUCGCUCUCUCCGCACGUCAGGGUCCGGGCUGUGGACAUGGCGGCUCAGAAGAUAAACGAGGGGCUGGAGCAUAUCGCCAAAGCAGAGAAAUACCUGAAAACUGGUUUUUUAAAAUGGAAGCCAGAUUAUGACAGUGCUGCUUCUGAAUAUGGAAAAGCAGCUGUUGCUUUUAAAAAUGCCAAACAGUUUGAGCAAGCAAAAGAUGCCUGCCUGAGGGAAGCUGUUGCCCAUGAAAAUAAUAGGGCUCUUUUUCAUGCUGCCAAAGCGUAUGAGCAAGCUGGCAUGAUGUUGAAGGAGAUGCAGAAACUAUCAGAGGCUGUGCAGCUCAUUGAGAAGGCCAGCAUGAUGUAUCUAGAAAACGGCACCCCUGACACCGCGGCCAUGGCGUUGGAGCGAGCCGGAAAGCUUAUAGAAAAUGUAGAUCCAGAAAAGGCUGUGCAGUUGUAUCAGCAGACAGCUAAUGUGUUUGAAAAUGAGGAACGCUUACGACAGGCAGUUGAAUUACUAGGAAAAGCUUCCAGACUGCUAGUACGAGGACGCAGGUUUGAUGAGGCGGCCCUCUCUAUUCAGAAAGAAAAAAAUAUUUAUAAGGAAAUUGAGAAUUAUCCAACUUGUUAUAAGAAAACAAUUGCUCAAGUCUUAGUUCAUCUACACAGAAACGACUACGUGGCUGCGGAAAGGUGUGUCCGGGAGAGCUACAGCAUACCAGGGUUCAAUGGCAGUGAAGACUGUGCUGCACUCGAACAGCUGCUCGAAGGUUACGACCAGCAAGACCAAGAUCAAGUGUCCGAGGUCUGCAACUCGCCGCUCUUCAAGUACAUGGACAAUGACUAUGCUAAGCUGGGCCUGAGUUUGGUGGUUCCAGGAGGGGGAAUCAAGAAGAAAUCACCUGCGACACCGCAGGCCAAGCCUGAUGGCGUCACCACUGCAGCUGCUGAUGAAGAGGAAGAUGAGUACUCAGGAGGACUGUGCUAGUAUUUUCCUUGCAGAAAAGGAAAAAAGGGAGAAUCUCAUGGACUUGGGACUUGUUUAAGGGCAUCCACGCUUUGUCGCAGUCGUGAUUGUAAAUACUAAUAAAGAGUAAUUUUUAGUUAUCUUUUCCCCCAAAUCACUCAUUGUAUCUACCACCUGUGAAGCAUUUUGUUUCUUUCCAUGAUAAGAGCUUUUCUAAGACACCAGUAAGAAUUAACAGAAAAUGUACUGUCACCUUUUAACACAGUUGAUGUUAAAAUUUGCAAGCCAAA